CGUGAAGGGGGCCAUGGCGUCAUGCGUUGUCACGACGACGCUUAUCAAUUGUCUUUGGAAUGGAUGGGUUUCUGCGACUCAUGACUCAUCGUUUGUGUGUCAGAUUCCACAAUCAAGGCCAAUUUAGCACAGGUUUCUCUUGGAACGGAUCAGGUAAAAGAGUGAGAAGAUUAACAAGAUGAACUGGGUUCCCAGAGACUUUACGGAAAAGGAUAAUCAGCCAUUAUCUGCUCUUCACGGAACAGACUUUAAGCUGCAGGAAUCAUUAAUGAGCCUCCGGUUUUCUCAAGGCACCAGCUCCGACUCUGCGGCAGCGUGCAGUGAAUUAACCAGAUGGAGAAUCGAGUCGUCAAGGUGGGGCAUAGAGUCGUCAAGGUGGGGCAUAGGGUCGUCAAGGAGUGGAAUUGAGUUGGCAAGGUGGGGCAUUGAGUCGUCAAGGAAGGGCUAUGAUCAUCACCAAACAACACCUUGUUCUACAGUUGAUGCAUCACCACCUCCACGUAUAUCCCCCUCUACACAGAACAGCCAGCAGCAUCUCCCGUCAUCCUCCCGCCCUGCGUCAUCAGCCCGCGGGGUGGCCAGGCAGGCUCCAUCAUGUGGUGUGUCUGUGAAGACGUGUCAAACUUCAGAUUUUCCAAAUGACGACGAGCGUCACCGAAAACAGAUUAAAGCUGUGAGUGAAAAUAUAAAAGAGUGCAAAUUUUCGGACUUCGGUCGCCCGGGAAUGAAUUGGAACAUGGAUUUGAAACUCUCCACGAAGAAAGGGAUAAUGCCUUACCUCACAACAGGGGAAAUGUUAUUGGAAUCUCAAACAGACAAUCAAGACAAAAUACGUUGUGCUGCUGCCAGAGAGGAACUGGAAUUAGGCUCUCCUGUUGGACCUGAGCACGAUGAAUCCGGUGAAACCGACCUAGAUCUGUUCUCCAUUCAUCCUGAAAUAUGUACAGAUACUCGUACAGCCAGAUCUACCAUUGACCUAACAUCAGACACAUCUGGAUCUGCCAUUGACCUUACGUCAGCCACAUCUGGAUCUGCCUUUGACCUAAAAUCAGACACAUCUGGAUCUGCCAUUGACCUAAAAUCAGACACACCUGGAUCUAUCAUUGACCUUACGUCAGACACAUCUGGAUCUGCCAUUGACCUAAAAUCAGACACAUCUGGAUCUGCCCUCGACCUAAAAUCAGACACAUCUGGAUCUGCCAUUGACCUAAAAUCAGACACACCUGGAUCUAUCAUUGACCUUACGUCAGACAUAUCUGGAUCUGCCAUUGACCUAAAAUCAGACACAUCUGGAUCUGCCCUUGACCUAAAAUCAGACACAUCUGGAUCUGCCAUUGACCUAAAAUCAGACACAACUGGAUCAAGGUGUGGCACAUAUAGAUCUGCCAUUGACCUUACGUCGGACACAUCUGGAUCUAUCAUUGACCUUACGUCAGACACAACUGGAUCUGCCAUUGACCUAAAAUCAGACACAUCUGAAUCAAGGUGUGGCACAUAUAGAUCUGCCAUUGACAUCACGUCAGUCACAACUGGAUCUAUCAUUGACCUUACGUCAGACACAACUGGAUCUGCCAUUGACCUAAAAUCAGACACAUCUGGAUCAAGGUGUGGCACAUAUAGAUCUGCCAUUGACCUCACGUCAGACACAAUUGGAUCUGCCAUUGACCUCACGUCAGACACAACUGGAUCUGCCAUUGACCUCACGUCAGACACAACUGGAUCUGCCGUUGACCUAAAAUCCGACACAGCUGAAUCAUCUAUUAACCUAACACUAAGCACAUCUGGACGUCAUAUAUCAGUUUUAUCGUCAUGGUGCCGGAAGGAUGUAACGCUGUCAAACACCAAGGAAGCGUUCAAUGAGAGGCCGCCAUGUCGAAGAAACCCAGCAACAAUUUUAACAAUUUUGUUUCGUUAUCAUGAUUCUCGAGAAAUGACCAAACCAUAUAUAGAAGCAAGAGCAAGAGACUCCAGUUCACCGUCUGCUGUGGAACCAUCGAGAGCCAAACACCCCCAGCUCAAAAUGGAAGGUGUUUGUCAACAUAAGAGAAAAACUGCGGAAUCGGAAAAUCCACAUGGCAAUACCCCGGCCAAGAAAAGGCAAGGUAAAUGUCACAGUGUAAACCCUUGGACCAGGAAGUACAUACGUGAGGACAGAGAGCGUAGUCUCACAUCAGGAGAUCUGUGCUGUGGACAGUCUCUGGAACCACCCCCUGCUCCCCGGAAAGAUCCCUCCCGUGCAGCUACUGCCAGGAGGGCUAUUGGUCAAGGCGGGGGUGGGGCUAGUCCACCAGUGUCCAGUGGGGGCAAGUCCGACGGUGCUGCUGUUGCAUGUCGGGUUAGGAGGAGUCUUUUUGUGUAGUUCCCCUUCUCCUGGACACGAGGACCACCAUGUGGUUACAUCAGGAUCUCUUAAGACGCCUUUCCUUAACUUGUAUUCAACCUUCUAUAUGAUACAGAACAAUGAAUAAUCCAACAAA